AUGCAAGUUGCUCGGAGCUUGAGCUUGAGGAGAUUCGGAGAUUCGGAGAUUUGGAGAUUUGGAGAUUUGGAGAUUUGGAGAUUUGGAGAUUUGGAGAUUUGGAAAGUUGGAAAGUUGGAAAGUUGGAUGGAAGAGGAGAGGAGAGAGUCGAAAGAGGAAGGUGGUUGGGACUUGAGAGAUACGGAAAUGCCCGAAGGCAACCGGUUGUUCUUGCGAAUCGUACCAUCCCAGUCUGAGCGAGGUGAACCGACAAGAACUGCUUCCCAGAUUCAACUCGGCAGGGAAGCACCAUUCGGGAUGACAAUGUCGACGAAGCUAUCGGCGUACGGCCUGAACAUUCAACACAACUGCUCCGACGAGAUCAUGUCUGGCACCAGCUUCUCCGAUCCCCAAGAGGGCCAAGCACUCGCACGGAUUUAUCGAAUUGGUCAAACACGAAGUAGUCGGGCCCGUAAGCUCGUGGUGGAGAAUACGUUCAUGCAAGUCCGCAUGAAUAAGCGAUUUCAUAACGUUGUGCCGCAUUUGAUUGCACAUAUGGCGUAA